AUGGACAAAGAAGCAUUUGAAAAACUCUCCCUAGAGUUCAGCAAUGCCCAGAACCUGUUGAAUGAGCUCAUGAGUGCUCGUUCACAGCUCGAGACUCAGUACCAGGAAAACAAGAUUGUUCUUGCAGAGUUUGAACACUUGAAUAAAGACUCGAAAAUAUACAAAUUGACAGGACCGGUCUUGUUACCACAGCAGUAUGACGAGGCUAAAUUGAACGUUAAUAAGCGAAUUGAGUUUAUUGAAGGCGAGAUCCAAAGGGUGGAGACCAAGAUAGAAAGCGAACAGAAAAAUAUAGAAACGGCGAGGGAAAAGUUGGUGGCUCUUCGACAGGGAAAAGCAUAA